UGUUCAUAGUCUUCAGAAGAUUCGAAAAUGAAGGUGCUCGUUGUAUUCGCUUUGGCCUUGGCCUACGCCUCGGCAUCGGCUCUGCGUGGCGAGAUUGAGCCACGUAACGUCUACAUGCCCGUGCUCGAUGGUCCCGAGGGUCGCAUCACCAACGGCAAGGAUGCCUCCGCCGAUCAGUUCCCCUACCAGGUUGGACUUUCUCUGCAGAUUGGCUCCAGCUCUGCCUGGUGCGGUGGCUCCUUGAUUGGCCACGAAUGGGUUCUGACUGCCGCUCACUGCACUGAUGGUGUCGAUGCCGUCACCGUUCACUUGGGCAGCACUGUGCGCUCCAGCCCCAAGGUUAAGCACACAGUCAGCAAGGACAAGAUCAUCAUCCACUCCGACUGGAACAGCAGGACUCUGUUGAACGACAUCUCGCUCAUCCGCAUCCCAUCCGUCGAGUACAGCAGCGCCAUCCGUGCCGUUGAGCUGCCCAAGAUCGAUUCCCACUACUCGACCUACUCCGGUGAUGAGGCCAUCGCUUCCGGCUGGGGCCGCACCUCCGACUCCUCCAGCUCUGUUGCCGCCCACCUGCAGUACGCUCACCUCACCAUCAUCACCAACAGCGCUUGCCAGCGUACCUAUGGCACCACCAUCCGUUCCUCCAACAUCUGUGUGUCCACCCCAGCGGCUGUGUCCACCUGCAACGGCGACUCUGGCGGCCCAUUGGUGCUCGAGUCCAGCAAGGUCCAGAUCGGUCUGACUUCCUUCGGUUCCUCUGCCGGUUGCGAGAAGAACUACCCAGCUGCUUUCACCCGUGUCACCAGCUACCUCGACUGGAUCAAGGACCACACCGGCAUCCACUAAGCGGUUGUUGUUUCUUACCCAAUAAAUCAAUUUAUAAAUAGCA